CAUCAUGGUCGCUGUAGUCCGCCUGCACCGGAGGAAGAGGAAGAACGUAACCUACAGGGUGAACUGGGAGGUGGUGUCCAUCUUAUUUACACCGGUGAGCUUGCUAAAUUUUUUGAUCUGCCGGAUUUUUCAGGAGUAUAAAAGUUGAACGCCGGGUCUUUAGAGAUGAGCAGUUCAGAAGAAGUGUCAUGGAUCUCCUGGUUCUGUGGACUGAGGGGAAAUGAAUUUUUCUGUGAGGUGGAUGAGGACUACAUCCAGGACAAGUUCAACCUGACAGGGCUCAAUGAGCAGGUCCCCCACUACCGCCAGGCCCUAGACAUGAUCCUGGACCUUGAACCAGAUGAGGAGCUGGAGGACAAUCCCAACCAGAGCGACCUGAUCGAGCAGGCAGCUGAGAUGCUGUACGGCCUCAUCCACGCACGCUACAUCCUCACUAACCGAGGCAUUGCACAGAUGUUGGAGAAAUAUCAACAGGGAGAUUUUGGCUACUGCCCCCGUGUCUAUUGUGAGAACCAGCCUAUGCUUCCUAUCGGUCUGUCAGACAUCCCUGGAGAGGCCAUGGUGAAGCUGUACUGUCCUAAAUGUAUGGAUGUCUACACACCCAAGUCCUCCAGGCACCACCACACAGAUGGCGCCUAUUUUGGCACGGGCUUCCCCCACAUGCUCUUCAUGGUUCACCCUGAGUACAGGCCAAAGAGGCCUGCCAACCAGUUUGUCCCAAGGCUGUACGGGUUCAAGAUCCACCCCAUGGCCUACCAGCUGCAGCUGCAAGCGGCCUCCAGCUUCAAGAGCCCCGUCAAGGCCAUUCGCUAGAGCGUCCGGGACAGAGGAAGAGGACGACGAAGAAGAAGAAGAGGAGGAGGUGGAGGAAGACUCGUCUAGAGAGAAGACAGGAAGAAUUAUCAUCAGAAGGGGGGAGGGGUCACCUGCAUUUAACAAAGCUCUUCAGAUGCCCCCUCCCCACCCUGAAGACUGUAUUAUUUUGGUUUAGAUUAGAGGUAAAGAAAAAGUGUAAAGAUUUCUGAGUGUGAGCGAGACAUAAAAAAAUGCACAGCCAUGAUCUCACACACACACACACACACACACACACACACACACACACACACUAUAAACAGAUGCAUCCACACAUGGGUGGUCCAUGCCCUUACCAAACUGACAUGUCAGGGAACGUUUCCCCUGGCUUUGUUUGUAUUCUGUAUUUGGCCCAGUUUGGUAAAGGGUGGUGGUAACCCCCCCUCCGUCAUUGAAAGCCCUCCCCUUCCUCCCCACAGUGCAUGUACACUCAGGCUGGCAUCCGCAGAGACAGUUUGGACGGUUGGGUUUUUUUUUUUUUUUCUUUGUCACUUGUUUUCUUUCUUACAUUUGCUUACAGGUUUGUCUGUUGAAUUUGCCUUAAGAUUCAGAGGAAACACCCAGAUUGUUUUUUUUUUUUUCGUUUUCCAGAGGCACUCACAAGUUCAGCUACCUUUUCUUUCUUUCCCCCAUUAGAGGAGGUAACGUAGAUCAAACUAACGUGAGCUUUCUUCCAAAAUCGUUCAGACAAUUGUAAUGAGCCUCCAGCUGUCUGUGCGCGUGUCAAACAACUGUCUGUAUUGGUGAAAAUAUAACCUGUGCUACAUUUUUUUUGCGAGAUGUGUGCCGCAGCAUCGUCACCACUCUUCCCCCGUAGCUUCAUCUCCCUUAAAGGUACAGUUCACCCAAAAACAAAAAUAUAUAUGGUUCCUCUAAACUCUAGUUUUUUUUAGUUUUUUAAAAAUCCAUCUAGAUUGUUUUGGUGUUUUUUAAAGAGAUGUCUGCCUUCUCCUAGCUUGUGGUGCUCAUAGCGCAGAUGUAGACGUCCUUCCUCACAAUUACUAUGAAGCUGCUGACGAUGAGGUCUGUGGAUUAUCUUGGGUAACCAGGCCGUGAUUUCUGGAAUGAGACUUUGCUGUUGAGUUCGUCAAAUGUAUUUUUUUGCACUUUGAGCACCACCAGCUGAGUGCCAUCUAGUUUCUGUUAUAUUCAAGAGAAGGCAGACAUCUUUGAAGUCAAUAUCUUAUAAAACUCCAACUCACAGCAAAACAGUGAGAGGGAUGAAAAGCACUACAGGGGAGAGAAGAAUAUAUAUUUGUGGUUUUGCAGUGGACUAUUCCUUCAAAGAAGUAGCUUGACUUUUUGAGAAAUUAGCUUUUUUGGCGGAGAGUAAAUAAGAUUGAUAUGAAACGAUGCUGAGCAACCGGUUAGCUUAGCAUGAAGUCCGGAAACGUGGAAGCAGCCUGCAGGAAGUCGGUGAGCUUUAGAGAUUUUAUUACGGUCGGACAGAGCCAGGCCAGCAGCCUUGCUGCUAAGCUAAGCUAGCCAGUUGCUGGUGUCAGUCUUGUCAUCUCCCUCUCAAAAUGUCAGACUAUGCCUGUGAAGAUCAAGGAGGAGACUCGGAGAAAGAGGACUGUAGACAAUCUGAAUCCUUCAGCUCACUCCACCACUGCACUGAUCCUACCGGUGUCUCUCCACAGCACAGUCUCAUUAUUUAUGUUUCAGGUUUUAGGGACAGUCAGACCACCAGCCGCUCUUUGUUUUUCUUCUUUCCGUUGGAAACAGUGGAGCAGAUACCCGUCUGCCCUCCCCUUCACUCUCCACUUUGCUUUCGUGUGACUGGAACAAGGUUGUUUUUUGGGGUUUCAUGAGACAAGAGAAGUGGUAUUUAUGUGUCCAGAUUUUAACUAAUGUUUGUCUGUGUUCUUGUUGUCUUUCUGCUACUGUGGAAGGGUGAGCAGGAUUCAGAAUUCUCAAUAAACUUCUAUUUUCUUUUCAUACUCA